AUGGCUUCCCUCUUCAAUGCCAUCGCGGGUCUCUCGCUAGCCUCGGUUGCGCUAUCGUCGCCUGUUGCACCUCACAUUCAUACACGGCACUACAACGCGACAAGUCCCUGUGCACAAGUCGGCACUGCGAUUGUAGGCAAGAACGUCACCGCAGGUACCGCAACUGUACCUGCCGAACUCGCAUGGGACUGCAUCAACUCCGUCCCAUUCAACCAGAGCGCUGCUCUUGCCCUGGUAGACGGUGUCGUCCCAUACUUCAAAUGGCAAAGUAAUACCGUCUGGUUGAAAGACCCUCCAGCUGAAUACGCCGAGAAGGUGCAGCCAGCGGUUGAUAUCUGGGGCGGACUCGAGGAGAUCAGGGAAAAGGUCAAUGGAGGAGAGUACAAGAACGAGUACGAAUUCGGUUUCGAGCUCUACACCCUCUUGCAAAGCACCCAUGAUGGUCACUUUGUGUACGUCCCCGAUGUAGUCGGCACGGUUUUCAACUUCGCCCGUCCUGUACCACUCGUUUCCGUUUCGAGCGACGGAAAGGAGCUUCCCCGGCCUUACGUCUAUGCCGAUGUCUUGGCCGAGUCUUUCGGCAAUGCUACAUUCACGCCUUCGCCCAUUACCCACAUCGAUGGCGAGGACGCCAAGGACUUCCUGGAGCACUGGGCUCAGUACGGUUCCCUCCAGGACCGAGACGCAUUGUACAACAACGUCUUCUACGAGCUCGCGACUGUGUCUCUCGGCCCAGUUGGAUCUGGUAUUGGAACCUUUGCGGGAUCGGGCCGCGGUCGCUGGAUUUACCCCGGUGCUACUACCGAGCUUACUUUUGAAAACGGUACCAGCCGAACAUACGACAACUUCGCCAAGGUGCUGAUCCCCUUCGAUGGUAUUACCGACGGAGAGAGCCUCUACAAGCUCUGGUUCACUGGCAACCAGCCUGGAAGCGAGACCGAAGCGUCCAACUCCACCUCGGCUACACCUACACCCACAGCCACUACCUCCGCUACGCCUCUUCCCACCAUCCCCGCGCCAGGAUACCCGCCUCCAGUCCUUCGUGAAGCACACAACUUGAUCGGUGGCUACUUCCUCGAGGGUGACUACUCAGAUGUCGCUGUACUUUCCGUGCCAUCCUUCGUCGGAAUUGACGCACAGGAAGCGUUCCAAGAUACUGCUGCCAAAUUCCUUGCCCAGGCCAAGUCCGCCGGAAAGAAGAAGCUCGUCAUUGACGUUUCAGCCAACGGCGGAGGUACUAUCUUGCUCGGCUACGAUCUGUACAAGCUGCUAUUCCCGCAAGAGAUUGACCACGCGGCUGCCGACCGCUACCGCGCCUUCGAAACCACUGAGAUCUUGAACCGAAAGUUCUCUGAAGCCGCCGCGGGUGUCCCACGUGUGGCUGAAACCAAGAACGAAACACUGGAGGAUCUGGUUGGCAAUGUUGUGUCCUCCGUCUUCAACUACCGAUCUGAUCUUGAUGUCAACAGCGAAAACUUCGAGAGCUGGCAGGACAAGUUUGGCCCUGGCCUCGAGCAAAAGGGGGACAACUUCACCAACCUCUUCCGCUGGAACCUCAGUGACACACUGACUCCGCUCAACUCUGGUGGUAUCUACAUCCACGGAUAUGGCCCACUUUCAAACUACACCCAGGCUCCUUUCGCCGCUGAGGACAUCGUCGUCGUCACAGAUGGAUACUGCGCGUCAACAUGCACCAUCUUUUCUGAGCUCAUGCGUCAGCGUGCCGGUGUCAAGUACAUCUCACUGGGAGGCCGCCCUCGUGAUGGGAUCACACAAGCCGUGGGCGGUGUGAAGGGAACGAACAACUAUCCGUGGGACUACAUUCAAUUUGUGGCUCAGUUCACCAUCGGUAACCUAUCUACGCCUGAAGAAGGCGCUCAGCUCAACAAGACGGAACUAGGUGACUACUACGAUGACACACCCUUUAUCCGCUCUUCCAACAACGCGGUUAACGUCAACUUCCGCGAUGGUAUUCGCGAUGGAGACGAGACCGACACUCCUCUCCAGUUCGUCUACGAGCCUUCAGACUGCCGUAUUCUGUACACCAAGGCCAUGACUGUUGAUGUGACUGCUAUCUGGAAGGCUGUUGCUGAUUCAACCUGGGGCGGUGUCAGCCACUGCAUUGCCGGAGACCUUGGUGGUUACAAAGCAUCCCGCAUGGCGAAGCGUGAGCUGAGCGUUUCCGAGAGGGCGCACAGCAAGAGGAUGCAGUCUUGGAGAAGGGACCUCAAGGCGGCUGACUACCCGCUUGAUGUCAGGACUGAUCUGACCGGCAUGAACUUCGAUGGCAAUGGCAUGAUGUGGCCGUAA